AUGAAUUGGUCCCGCAGGAAAUUUGUGGUCCUCCUGGUGGUUCUGGCCUUGCUCAUCGAGCCCAUAAACAGUCGAAGAGGCGGCGGAGGCGGAUUUGGACGAGGCUCCAGCGCCGGCAGAUCUUCAGGUAUGCUUCUAGACUUUUUUUGUUGCUGGUUUAGGCAGAAAUUGAGGAUUUAUGGAUGAAAAGACGCCUGAUGUCUAGUAUAAUAUAAAAAAUGUUGGAAAGUGAUGGUGAAUAAUGUAGAAAGGGUGUCAAACCCCGCGAUUGACGUAUUUUAUCAGGAUUUAAGGCUAUGAAAGGAUUUAAAGUGGAGAAACUUUGAGAAACUUCUUGAAUGCGUAGUGUAAUAUAAAAACGGCUGUUGUUAAUUUGAUUUUUGAGAUAUAGGCAUGCUUUUACAUUUUGGAGCAAGCUGAGAUCAUCCUCUUGCUUGCAGAGUUUGUUUCAUUCGAAAGAAAAGCCUCUAAGAUUGGGUUUUAGCCAAACUUUUUUAGGUGUCAAGUACAACAUAAAUUUUAUUGCAAAUUACGCCGUUUCUGAAAUUUUUUUGAAAUUUAGUGGUAGUAUGACAAUGAGAAUCAGAUAAUGAUGGAAAAUUGGGUUUUACAAAGCCGCAGCUGCCAGGGCAUCAAAUUUGUCCGGGGCUAACAUCAGAUAAAUUCGAAAAACUAAGAGGUCUGAAAUUAAUAUUUGAAUAGUUUUGCCUUACUAUUCUUUUCUGAUUAAACUAGGAAGACGCCGUAUUUUACCCUCAUUCUUUAGGUGGGUUUGGCCGAGGCCGUACCGGCGGCGGUGGUGGAAUCUUUGGUGGAUCGCGAAGCUCCUCAGGCCAAUCGCGUCCCAGUCAUGGCACGCACAACACCGGAGGUGGAAUGUUCAGCAGUGGAUCCAACACGAAUAAUCAAAGGAACAAGGGCGGGAUUUUUGGUGGAUUCGGAUCGUCGAAUAAGCAACACAACUAUCGACAGCCGGUUACUUCCACGUAUGUUUCUUUUUAUUUUUGUUGUUUCUGUCUUUAGGCAACUUGCAAUUACAUUUGUCCAAGGUUUCGGCGGACUUUUGAGAAGUUUUGUCUUUGGCAAGCUGCGCCCUAGCUUGAAGUUGAAAGUUGCCGUAAAGUUUGCGGAAAUGAUAAUGUUGCUUUCUAAGAUACUAAUGGUGUGAUUUAUAACAUAUAUUCUCUUUUAGAUGGCGUUCCGGUUCGGGAUUGGGUUCAAGAAGCAGGUCGGAUACCUUCAAGAACAUGAUUGUUGGUGCUGCCGCUGGAUACUUGACAUACCAAGCCGGAAAACAUUUAAUUCGCUCGGCAAUGGCCCCCAUGAUGUAAGUUUAGUUUUCGUUUUUGGAUUUUGAGUAACUUUUAUUUGAGGCAGCCUGCGCCCUAGGUUGUACUCAAAUUUUGAGAUUUUUUGGUGUCUUCUGUAAAAAUGGAACUGAGACGAUUGGGGAAAAGACGAUUUGGGGGAAAGUACGAUUGGGGAACCCGAAAAGUUUUAUUUUUCUUCGAUGCAAGUGUCGAAAUUAGGAUAAUCAAGGUUUCUGAUUUCGAAAAUGACAUUCAUUUUUUUGAUCCUUGAUUUUUCUUCCAGUAGUACUCUAGAGUUGUUAUUUUUUGGUUUUUUUUAUGAAUUCUCGAUUGGGGGGGGGGGGGUUCGAUGUUGCUGCUUUCAACUCAAAAAAAAUGUAUAAGAUUUUCGAAAUCAGCAAGGUCGAAACCCUCCAAAUCGAGUAUUUGUGAAAAAAUUUCAAAAAAUUGUUACUUUACAGUACUACUUAAAGAAAAAUUAAGGAUCAAAAAAGAGACAGAAUGUCAUUUUCUAAAUUAGCACCCUCGGUAAAAAUAAUAUUAUCCUAGCUUCGACACUUGCAUCGAAGAAAAAUAAUACUUUUCGGUUUCCCUAAUUGUACUUUUCCCAAUCGUCUUUUUCCCCGAUCGUCCCAGUUCCAUUUUUACCGAAAAACCAAAAAAAAUUCUCAAAAUUUGAGUACAACCUAGGGCGCAGGCUGCCUUAAAUAAAAGUUCCCCCAAUCGUCCAACUCCGGUAAAAAGGCACUUUUUAAAUAGUGUGCUCAAAAAUGCAACAAUAUUUUGCUUUCCAGGUGGAACAACCGCCCCUACUACUGGGGCCAGAGCUAUUACCAGCCCCGGCCCAACUACCAGAUGUGCCGGAUGCCCCUGCAGCCGGGCGACCCGCAAUUCGGCAGCAUCUACUUCCAAGACCAGACCCGGCCCAAGGAAAUCGUCUGGUCCUGCGGCUUCAACGAACAGUGCUGCGGCUACGAGUGCUGCCCCGGCGGCGGCGGCUACGGUGGCGGCGGGUACGGCGGCGGCGGAUACGGCGGCGGAGGCUACUACGGCCGCAAUGGCUACAGUGGAAUCGGAAUCGGGUACGCGUUUUGGGUGAUCCUCGCCAUUCGAUGGCUUUUUUAGACGUCUUUUCUUUUUUUGAGGUCUUUUUUUGAAUUUUUUUUUUCAGUUUUGGCCAAUUUUUUCGAAUUUUUUUAUUUUUUUUUGUAAAAAAAAGAGUUUUAGACUUUGAUUUAGCUUAUCAAAGGUCUUUUUAAGAUUUUUUCGGUGUGUAAAAGCCUUAAAAAUUAGAAAAAUGACCUAAUUUGCCAAGUGCAAUGUAAAAAUUGCAAAGUUUUAGAGAUUUUUUGGAUUUUUCACCCAUUUUUUGAUCGAAUUAGGUCAUAUAAGACUUAGUUUUUAGUUUAACAUAGUGUAUUUGGUCUAAAAAAUAUAUUUUACCUUACUUUUAUAUCGUUUUUUAAUUCUUUUUAAGCCAUUUCUUAAAAAUAUUGCCAUUUUUCUUUAAUUCCGCUAUUUUCCCUACUAACAUUGCACUGUUUGGCCGGGAGAGUCGGCGUGGAUUAGACUGUAGGGUCUGUAGAUUGUAUGGUAUUGGUUGAAAAUAAUUUUGAAAGGAGUUUUGGAGGGCUGCCACCUUAUUUUAGGUGAUUUUUGGCAAUUUUUUCGAUUUUUUGAAUUUUUUUGCAUUUUUUUGAUAAAAAGAUGCAAGUAAAUAGAUAGAUUAUGGCUAAUAUAGUGUCUCGAUGACAGUUGUCGUAUUUUACAACCUAAAAUACGAUAUAUUUUGGGAGAUUUUCACGCUUUUUAACCUAAUAGGACGUCGAAAAAUUUUUUAAAUUUUUUGCGGUUUUCUAACAAAAUUUCACCGAGUAGAGAGUAGAAAGUAACCGAAAUGAAAGCUAAAAAUUUUUUAAGCCGUUCAGCGAACCCGCCAUAUAUGCACCAAGACCAUAUUGGCCAUAAUAAUGACAAUCAUGACAUACCCCUAGAAACCACCUCUAAUCCCACCGAAAGCUCGAACGACGACUGGUGAACAGUGCAGAAAACUUUUUUAUCCGGUCUGAACAAGGUCUUGCCUUGAUAUUGACGAGUUGCAGUUGUUUUUAAAAAAAUUUUUGAGGUUUUUUGGAUUUUUUUUGAAAUUUUUUGAAAUUUUUGGUGUAAAAUUGAAAAAUUUUGGAUGAAAAGGUGGUGGAAAAUUAUGUAAGAUUAAUUUUUGAUAUUUUUUGGAUUUUUUUAAUUUUUUUGAAAUUGAUUUUUUGACCGAAAAACGAGAUUUUUUGUUUUUUUUUUGAAAAAUUUGAUGACUAAAAUAAUAUUUUUUUGAUCUAAAAUGGCCUAAAUUAUGAUCAAACACAUCGGAAAUUAGAUGAAUCUUUUGUUUUAAAUUUUUUUCGAAGCUAUUUUGCCAGAAAAAUAAGAUUUAAAAAAAAUUUUUAUCAGUUGUUACCUAAAAUAAUUUUUUUUGUCCAAAACUUUUUCUGAAAUCAAGAUUUUCAUUUUAAAUACGACUGUAACUCCCCAUUAUCGACUCCGGUGUCGGUCUAAAACCCCAAAUAUUCAAUCAAUUCUAGUCGUUGACGGUGAUUUCUCCCCGGUCUUGGAACGCUUAUUUUCUUUCGCUCAUCGAAUUGGAUUAUCGGUCUAAAAACGUAUCCGCAUCUCUCUUUCACCCCGCAUUUGUAAAUAGUCUUGCCAACGAACUCGUAUUUUAGACUUUUAUUGCUUCAAUUUUUGUUUUUUUUUCGCUAAAGGUGAUUCGAACAGAAUUUUGCGCAAUAAACGAUAUUUUUUUUUGAACGGAAGAGAAUUUUAGUUGUGUUGUCGGUCCAAAUUUGAAGUUUUUUGUGCAUAAAUGUGCCCGAAUUUGUGUUCGAAUUGCUUUUGGAAUAAGUUUGAGUGGAUUUUGGAUGGGAUUUGGAGGUUUUUAGACGGAUUUACGGCGAUUUUUGAGUUGGCAGGCUGCGCCCAGGCUUCAGUGAAAAAAUAGGCGUUUUGCGGAGUAAUAUGAAAAAAUACGGCCAGUAGGUUAUCAGGAAACUGAAUUUGGAGUGUUUCUAUGAAAAUCCGACAAUUGCCAGCUAUUUGUUGAGUUGGCAGGCUGCGCCCAGGCUUCAGUGAAAAAAUAGGCGUUUUGCGGAGUAAUAUGAAAAAAUACGGCCAGUAGGUUAUCAGGAAACUGAAUUUGGAGUGUUUCUAUGAAAAUCCGACAAUUGCCAGCUAUUUGUUGAGUUGGCAGGCUGCGCCCAGGCUUCAGUGAAAAAAUAGGCGUUUUGCGGAGUAAUAUGAAAAAAUACGGCCAGUAGGUUAUCAGACAGCGUAUUCUGGGGUGUUUCCAUGAAAAAUCCGGAGAUUGUCCGCCAUUCUUUGAGUUGGCAGGCUGCGCCCAGGCUUCGGUGAAAAAUAGGCUUCUUGUCGGGUAAUCUAGGGAAAUACGGAGACUAGGUUAUUAGACAACUGAAUCUAGAGUAUUUAUAUGAAAAUACGGAAAAUUUAGAGUUGGCAGCCUGCGCCCAGGCCUUGAAUUGAAAUUGGCUGUUUUGACGAAUUUAAUAAUGAUUUUUCGCCGUAAAUUGAUGAGUUUUUAAAAUACGAGUUCUGGGAAGUGUCAGACUGUUUGUUUUUAAUCUACGAUGUUCAGAUCAACCUCAAUUUUCGGAUAAAAAAAAUUAAACUUUUGAUAGAAACGUUACCUCCAAGCGUAGGAUUUAUCUUUAAUAAACACUCCCAGAGUCUUAUUCUCACGGAAUCAAACAUAUUUACUGAGUAUUUUCAUUUUAUUUAUCGAAAAUUUGGGAUUUUUUUCGUUUGAUCUCAAGUAUAAUAUAAUUUCCCCAAUUUUUCGUCAAAAACAGAGUUUUAUUUGCAGUUCGUUGAUCAUCCUGCUCCUUCUGGGCUCGUGCGGCGCAUUUAUUGUAUACAAAAUUUGCCAGAACGUGAAGAAUAACAAGUAUCAGCAAGGCCGACCGACCGAUGCGCCCCCUCAAUACGCCUAUUAA